AAAGACAGGAAGUGUAAUAGGAAGGGAAGUAUUGUGUACAUGUGUCUCGUUGCGAUGUCGCCUGCCUCUGCAAGAAUUUAUGAGUAAUGUCGUAUCGGGCUACUUUGACUCUACCAAAAGGCUUCUCUGAAUGAAUGUGUUUGUUUAAAACUCAAGAAAAGGAAGCAGAUACCACGAGUCAUGCCUGUGUCGGCAUGAAGAAGUGUGUGUGAUCUUAUGGUGUAACCAUGACAAGAGCAGCACUGACUAAACUCCUCAUCCUCGUGAUCCUCGCCUUCAUCAUCUGCCUCCCAGAGUUCUUCACAUUGUACAGAGUAUCAAAAGUGAACUUCCUCUGCCUGCCUUACCGACCUUGUGAGCGAGCAAAUCAAGUGAAGAAAGGGACAAAUGGGAAGAUGGGGGAUGCUGAAAUUAGGAGAAAGGAUAUGUGUGACCCCACACAGACACCAGAAAGUGAACAGUGGGAGCAGGACUGCACACAGGAGAAUCAAAACAACACAACAGAUCCUGAGUCCGACUCCAGGAGAGGCGGUGAAGACCCAGAAAAGAGCUGGUUCAUGUGUGAAACGGACAUGGACAUCGCAGAAUUACAAAGCAACAUGUCAUCUUCAGCUAUAAAAACACACUUGGAGGUGUCAGUGAAGCUUCGACUUGGAGAUACAGACACCCUGAAUCUCACUUUGUACAGCCACAAUAAUCAAAGCUCCUUAUACCUCCACCAACCUGAGGAGGAGGAAGAGGAGGAGAAGGAUGAUGAAGGACAAAAGAAGGCAUUUUACUGCUGUCUCCCUGUCUCACGCAACCCAAGGUCAGCCAAUCAAAGCCGCUGUCUCCUUUGGCUCGCCAAUCAAACAGUUUUGACUGGAACAGCAAAGGAAAAGCUGCCAUGGAAACGGACACAGAAAGAGGAGUGGCGGUGUGUGUUCAGGGUGACCUGGCUGGCUCUGCUGUGUGUGGUGAUGCUGACUAUAGUCACAGUUGUGCUCGGAAAAAUCUACUAUAGGGAACGCUUACGCAGAAAGCCCAACUUGCACUCUGUUGCUUACGACAUCACCGGCCAGCAGUUGAACGAUGGUGAGAAUCAAACAGAGAUGACCAUCAAUCCCAAAGGGAUGAUCCUUCACUCUUAUGGAUCCCGACGUCCGUCAGAACUGUCACCCAUUCAAGAAGUUGACAACCAAGAUGACAGAGAAACUCUGCUGGAUGGAAAUGUUGACCACUGCUAUACAGCAAAUCUGCAUCAUCGCAUCCAUCCUUCCACUUCCCCCCUGACAGAGGAGCAGGCCGUGUUUGGAGGAGCAGCCACAGGAGCACACAAAUGGACUUUAAAAUGACUGCUUCAAUUACCAGCCACCUUUAUGGUGAAAAUAAAACAUCUGAGACACA